UAUAGUAGUGGGUAACAUGGCUCUCUCUCAGCCAUUAAUUUAAACCCGAACGUAUAGCACACACAUAAAAACGGAACGGAAGCAGAACCCGCAAUAAUGGAUAAUCAUUUUCAAUAUGAUGCGGAAGCCGACAAGGCAUUUGCCUUUGAUGAUCAGAGCAUCAGGAAAGGAUUCAUACGUAAAGUCUAUAUGAUAUUGAUGGUUCAAUUGUCAAUUACUUUUGCAUUUGUCAGUAUAUUUACCUUCUCGACAUCGACCCAGGAAUGGUGCCAGAAAAAUCCCUGGUUAUUCUGGAUUGCCUUGUGUGUUCUCAUUGUGACCAUGAUAUGUAUGGCCUGUUGUGAGAGUGUUCGCCGCAAGACGCCACUUAACUUUAUAUUCCUGUUCCUUUUCACAUUGGCGGAAUCGUUUCUAUUGGGCAUCAUUGCUGGACAGUAUAAGGCCGAUGAGGUACUUAUGGCCGUCGGCAUCACCGCUGCCGUCAGUUUGGGUCUUACCCUGUUUGCCCUGCAAACAAAGUUCGAUUUUACCAUGUGCGGUGGUGUCCUAGUCUGCUGUUUGGUGGUCUUCAUAAUCUUUGGCAUCGUUGCCAUCUUUGUGUCGGGCAAGAUUUUCGCUAUGGUCUAUGCAUCAUUGGGAGCUUUACUCUUCUCCGUGUAUCUGGUCUAUGAUACACAAUUGAUGUUGGGCGGCAAGCAUAAGUAUUCCAUCAGUCCGGAGGAAUAUAUUUUCGCUGCUCUCAAUUUGUACUUGGAUAUCAUUAAUAUCUUCAUGUACUUGCUGGCUAUCAUUGGACUGGCUCGCAGUUAGAUAGAACAAAAUCCGAUCUAGAAGUAAUUUAGUAAUUUUUUUAUAUGUAUGUAAAUGAGGAAAAAAAUAUAUAGAGAGAAUCGACAAUGCCGACAACUAUAAA